GCUUUAUCAAGUGCUGUGGGAAUGAGGAUUUGCUUGAAGAGCUAGCUAAUCGUGAAGUUAAAGUGAAUUGAUAAUGCAUAAUCAUCGCGGUGCAUCACGGUGCUGGUUUUCGCGGAAUUCGUCCAGUGGCGUCAGUGAGCUGCAGAGUGUCUAUCAGUAGCAAGGAAUUUUCAGAGCAAGAUAAGAUACACACCGUCCGCAACCCACGAUAAGCAAACCAAACAUGCAGCAUUUGAGAAGCACGAAAACUAGUGAAUGAAUUUAAUCGCGUAGCAAAGCAAACCGAAACCGAAAAUGAUGAUAAACGGUGACAGAAGUGGCAUGAGUGGUGCGCUGUUCAGCAAUCAAAUGGCAAUAAAUGGCGACCGGUAUCAACAGCAGCGUCAGCGUUCGCGAGUGACGGAACCGGUCGAGAUGACACCGCCGGUAGGGGAAGGUCGGUGGCACGCAUCGUUUAUCGAUGAUGUCAACCGACAGCAGCAGAAUCUGCCACCAUCGCAGCACCAGCAGCAGACAAAAGAAAGUGUAGUUAUGCGAAAUAAAGUGAUUGAUCUGGACAAGAAUCGUAUAAAAUGUAGCCGCAAUAAGCUCUGGUCAAGGCCGCUGAGUUUCUCCGGUUUCUUCAAAAAGUCGCUGAGCCAGGGCUCGAUACAGCUGGGAGCGAAUGGAGGUGAAGGAGGUGUCCGACAUAGCACGAAUUACGCUGUCAAUCACGACCUGUCCGAUCCAAAUGGCAACGAUCCGUCAGGGCGUGGUGCAAAGUUUGAUCUCAACAUGAUUCGUAAGCUGGAAGAUGAAAUAUACAAAAGAGGCCGAGAGCAGCAGCGAGACGAGUGUAACGCGGAAGCAAAAGAUUUUCACGAUUUCUAUUUUAGUCAGAGAAUGUUUGGCGAAAAGAAGACGUUCUCCAGUGAUACCUCAGCAUUCAAAGGAGAUGCCAAAGCGGUGCUGGUAGUUGACUCACAAGCUCUGGAACCGAUGCUACUGAAACGACCGCUCAGCACCGAUGAUGCACUCUUGCAAAAUAGAUCUCGCGUGUCGGACGGGCACGUGGACGCAUCCAACAAAUCGAUCAUCAUCGUGGACAACUCCGAGUUCUAUCCAGUGCUAAUGAGGUAUGAUAUUAAUAGCGAACUAGUAAAUCGUCAGCUUAGGGAACAAGCUCAGAGGCGUGACGAAGAAAAGCUAAAAAUAUCCACCCGAAACGGGGGAUUCCCACCCAAGACUGUGCCAACGACGAGUGUUGCAAACGCAUCAUUAACGGGCAAUAAUGGCGACAACGCCAAGAUACCACUGUCAUCGUCAAAAUUAACCACUGCCAUGAAAGACUCGGCACCGCCAGCGCCAAAAACUAUAGCAACGCGUAACGAGUCGGUUGCGUGUUGUGAAACCAAAAGUAUAAACAAUAAUAAUCAUGCUGCUCAGCAGAAGAAACUAGUCGUUAGCGCACGGCCGCCACCUCCUACAGGGUCUGGGAGUGGCGAUCGCUCUAAAAAGGCCCGCUCGAACCUCUUCCAACGAUUCCUCCUACAGCGGAGAAGUCUUAACCUUUCUGUCAGGCGUCGUCGGCGUCACGAGUGUCACUUCCGGCCGCCACCAAGGCUUCCUUCAACGGAUUCAAGCUCUUCAUCGGAUGGUAAACCCACAAGUAACAACAAACUUAAAUUUGAAUAUCUCAAAAAAAUGCAACGAUAUGACCCUGAAACACCAUCCAUAAACGACCGAUCUACGGCCGUCGCUCACGCUAGCAGUGAGCCAAAUCUUUUCUCGCGGGCUAACUGGAAAAGUGCAUAUUUUCUGCAACAUCUCCAGCACACACCCCGCAGUUGGAGCACUGGUGACCUGAACAGUCUGAGCCAUCUGAUGUCAUCGAGCAAAAAUUUCGCCAACAUUUUCGAAAGCACCAGUGACAAUCUGUCCCGACUUUCGGCUAUCGUAAUCUCGUCCAGCAGCAAUGGUUCCCCUUCGUCUGGCUCGCUGACAUCAUCUUCGUCAAUGUCAUCCGGUUCUAGAAUGCAGUCACUGUUGGAAAAUCAUUACCGCCAACUUCAAAGCAGAGAACGUUCAACGAAUAAAACUCAUUCGGUUGUAACGAAACCUCCAUUGGGAUGCGCCAACGCAUCUGGAACGGGGGCUGGGGCUACAAAUCCACCCAACAGCGGUAACAUACUUCGAAAAAAAUCUUCCUCUUUCCGAGGAGUGCUGAGACGGGGCAACACUUCGGACGUGGUCAAUACCUGGAUCUACAGAAAAAGCUACGAUGCUUCCGGCAGCGGUCUAGGUGAGCCCCCGUACCGGGGGCAUCACGGUAGCCCACACUCGUCACCAUCGCGUUACUCGUACAAUAAUUCUGCCAAAACCAGUAUCCAGCACUGGCGGACAUCCAGUGGGGGUGCCUCGGAUUUUAAACGAAACUCCAGACUCCGCAGCUCGACCAGUGCCGUACCCGGUGGUGGAGCUGGGGGAGGCAGCGGUUCUAGUACAAGCAGCAGCAGUACCGGAUCCAACAUGGUCGACCUCAACAUACCGCGUGGCCACUCGCCACACUUUAGUCCCUCUAGGCAAACCACACAAACUGGCGACACGCAGACACUGCAUGUGUACCUGCCGAACCACGGCUUCCGCAUGAUUCGCUUCGACGAGGCAUCCGAUGUCCGACAGAUAAUAAAUCUGAUUGUGAAUUCAAUGUCACCGGGCCACAAAACUAACCCACAGAGUUAUGCGCUUCGUCUGAGGCACAUGCUGACCAAAGAGGUGCUCUGGAUGCCACCGGACACAUCCAUGACUCAGGUUAUGGCACACAUUUUCAAUCCAUCCUGUAGCAACGCGGACUGUCCUAAUGUGGACAAAAGCACGAUUGCUAAAAGGAUGCAGCAAAAGACCAGUGGAGUUGUUGGCCACGCAAACAGUGUGUGGAAGGCGGAGCUUCGCGUACGCUACAUACCAAAAAGCCUGAAGGAAUUGUACGAAAAAGACCGAACCACGUGUCACUUCUACUUCGAUCAGGUCAAACAGGAUUACAUCCAGUCCAACAUACCGAAUAUCGAUCAGGAUAUUGCGAUUCAGCUGUGCUGCUUGGGGAUCCGACAUUACUAUAAAGACACGAACCACUCUUCGAACGAUCGAAAGCACCAUCUUGAGUACAUAGAAAAGGAAAUGGGCUUCAGCAACUUUAUACCCAAAUCUGUGAUAGAUACCAUUAAGCAGAAGAAUCUGAAAAAGCUAAUCCAGGCUGGCUACAAGAAGGUUUACAGCUAUACCGAGAUGGAGUACAUGCUCAAAUUUUUCGAUCUGCUUCGGACACAGUACACCUUUGAUCAGGAGCAGUUCAAUGUCCAACUGAGUAGUGGGUGGAACAUUCGGGUCGAUUUAAUUAUCGGCCCUCACGUUGGUAUUUCUUAUUCGGUUAACCCACAGGCACCACCCACGAAAGUAACCGAUUUUGAAAAUAUCGAACGAAUAACAACCAGUGUGGUAUCGUCCUCGCUGACCAAGAGUGGACACCAGGCUGUCAAACAGCCGGGUUCCAAAAAUUCCAAAGACCAACCAGAUCUCACCAGUUCCUGCGGUAGCGGCGGAAGUGGCGACAAAAAGGAUAAAAAAGGAGUCACCUGCCCGUGCAGCGAAAUAAAGACACAGCUGAGGAUUAAAGUCAGCGGCAACAGUGAGGACUUAGCGAUCACGUGUGAUGGUAUAAAAACAUCCGAAAGUAUAGCUGAUCUAGUCGAUGGUUACUGUAGAUUAUUCAAUAAUACUGAUAUUAGCUUAUGGGAUCGUACCGUCAUACCAAAAACUACCCCCAACAACAGCGCAACGAACUCGCUGGAAAAAAGUCAGAUCAAAAGAAUGACAGAUUCACAAUCGUCUGAGAAGCAAGAUUCACCACGAUCGAGUAGCGAUAAAUUGAACAAUUCCAUGCAUAAUGAACUAGAAGCAAGUACCAGUUCGAAUUGUAAGCCAACGCUAAAUGACGAUUAUGCAGAGUUGGGAAUGUGCGAUGAGGAAGGUGACUACUCUACACCAGCCGCACGAAACUACGAACUAGAUCGGACAAAUAUCACUCUAAAUGAAAUCAUUGGUGUGGGUCAAUUUGGUGAUGUGCAUAUUGGAUCAUGCAGACUGUCGAGCAAGUCCAGUCUGGCCAAUAAACUCAACCAAUCGCUGACCAGCGAGUUCGAUGAUCUUUCGUUGUCAGGUGGUAAUGGAGAGAACAACAACAGCGAAACACCACAGAAAGGUGGUGUCGUCCAAGUGGCGGUAAAAACCUGCAAAGCUGAUGCAGAUUUGGCUACCUCGGAGAAGUUUUUAGAGGAGGCAUACAUCAUGCAAAAGUUUGAGCAUCCACACAUCAUCAAGCUGAUCGGUAUCUGUAGUGGUCCUCCGAUCUGGAUCGUGAUGGAAUUGGCCCGAUUAGGCGAAUUGCGAGCGUACCUCAAAAAGAACGGUUCCAAAUUGAAGUUAGGAACACUGUUGCUAUAUUCCUAUCAACUAUCAACGGCGCUCAGUUACUUGGAAUCGAAAAAGUUCGUUCACCGUGAUAUUGCCGCCCGUAAUGUGCUCGUCAGUUCACCGACUUGUAUUAAGCUUGCCGAUUUUGGACUCUCAAGAUGGGUUGAAGAUCAGUCAUACUAUACUUCCACGAAGGGAAUGUUGCCGAUCAAGUGGAUGGCUCCUGAAUCGAUAAAUUUCCGUCGGUUCACAACUGCCAGCGACGUUUGGAUGUUCGGAGUUUGUACUUGGGAAAUCCUGAUGCUCGGAGUAAAACCAUUCCAAGGAAUUAAAAAUUGUGAUGUAAUUGGAAAGUUGGAGAACGGCGAACGGCUACCACUUCCGCCUAACUGUCCCCCACGAUUGUAUUCGCUGAUGUCUCAAUGUUGGUCAUACGAACCACAUAAGCGGCCCAAUUUCAAGAACGUCAAGGAGGUACUUUAUGAAAUACUCAUGGAAGAGCGCCACAGCGACUGUGAAACGAUGCGUCGCGAAAAUCGUCGUGUUGCUGCAAUGUCUUGGGGUGCGGGUGACGAUAUGGCACCUCCCAAGCCCGCUCGUGGACCGAUGAUGGGAGGAGACGGUUCUCAGCAGGCCCUCGGUGCUCCGCAGACUUACAUUAUCGCACGUGAUCCUGCUGUGUUAGCUGCACUUAUGCGCGAAAACGAACAGCGUGGAGUUAAUGCAUCAUGUUACACGACACCUGCCUCGGUAUUUAACACUUUAGCCGUAGAUAUAGAUCCCAAAUCACAAAAUAAUACUGAUAAAACGACGCAUACUAAUGAUGCGAAUAUCACUGGAAAUCUACCGUUGAAAACCGUGUCCUUGCCCGCUACCGAACUGCUAAAACUAGAUCCUACUGUCGACGAAGCAAAUAAGCAACCAACGACGAUAAACCCUAUCAAUGAUCCCAACCCCAGUGCGCCAUCAUCUUUGGAGAUUGAAAACCAAAAUUCUUUAGUUACGUCACCUUCCACGGCUACUUUGGUACCCUCGACCUGUAUAGAUAACACAGCGGAUCAAUCAGCAGGUUCCGGAUCUUUGGAACCCCAUAAGACCUCCCAUGAUAGUAUAUCCACUAACAACAACCAGAUUCCUCCUAACCAACCAAACUCCACCUUUCCAAUCCCUUGUGAAAUCAUCAAUGCAAUCACACAGCAAACUCAUUCCAUUGAACCGACAUAUAAAGCGAUCCAGAAGAACCAAAUCACCAGUAACUCUACUGUCAUAACCGGCAUGAAUCAUUCCGCACAAGCGAACAAUAAUUUCGUACAUCCUAAUGCUCCUCUACAGCAACAGCAGCAGUUCUUUACAUCUUCUGCCAUCCAACAGCAGCCGGUCCAAUCGAUGCCAGCCAACUUGGUAAUGUAUCAGCAGUAUCAUGCCCAGCAGCAGCAGGAGCAGUACUUCCAACAGGUUCCAUAUCAGCAGCAGAUCUUCCAACAACAACAGCAGCACGGCGGUUACAUUCAAUAUCCGGGCCAGUUCGUUCAAACAGGCAUGGUUAAAUCACCCCAAGAAGAUCAACAACAGCAUACGUCGAAUAACUCCCGCAGUUUAGAGCGAAGUGCCGUAUCUACCUAUGCUGCAAGAAUCAAUUCGCUCGAGCGGACUCGUCAAAUGGGAAUGGAUUACGGCUCAGCCAAAGCGAUGCGAUCUAACUCUCUCACGCGACAGUACAGUGGAGGGAAUCAAAUGGAGUCUUACCCCGUCAACCAUGGAGUUCGAUCGGCCAGCUUGGAACGUGGUGGACAAAUUGGGCAGGCUUACAUGAAUAGAAUGGGUAGCCUGGAACGCAAUCAGAACCAGGCCAUCUUUAUGAAUAAUGCCAAGGGAGGAAGCUUGGAACGUAAUCAAUCUGCCGCCAUCGUCAAUGAUAUGAUGAACAAGACCGCCUAUAAAGGUGGUAGUUUGGAACGCAAUCAACACGUUAUAAUGAAUACCGGCAGUCGGGGUGGUAGUUUGGAAAGGAACCUAUCUUAUCAGGGUUAUCGCAAUCCAGUUUCGGCGGCUCCGCGUGAACAAGAACCAUUUCAGGAAGAAAUUUACGAUUUUGGUGGUGUGAAUGUUAAGUCGUGUGCUUCAAUUGCUCUAAAAAAGAGUGUCGAAAAAGGAAUCCUCCCUCCUAGCACAUUAGUGUCACCGGGAGUCAACCAACCUGCAGCGAAUUUCUCCCUUCCUCCACCGUAUAGUUCGGCUCAGAGCUCCAAGUUUAACGUACAACUUCAACAACAGAAUACUCCGCAACGUUCAAUCUGGCAACAGCAGCAGCAGCAACAAAUUUUUCAACAACAACAACAAACACCGUUUAUAACUGCUAGUCAAUCCCCACUUCCCCAAGGCGUUAUGGCUAUAGCUUCCUCUCAGCAGGUUCAGUUCCCUCAUCAACCAGUUCAACUAAAAGCAGUUGGAAUGACACAGCAGAUGCCGAUGGUGGCCGCAAUUCCACAACAGGCAACUGGUCCUGUACAACAACAACAACAACCACCGGUACAGCCAACUACUUGCGGCUCUGGACAGAAGGUCCAGGAAACGCAGCAAAUUCUCGAAGCCAAACUACGCAAGCAGCAGCAAGAGAGUGAGGUCGAUUCCAAGUGGCUCCAACAGGAGGAGAACAAUCUCAAAAAGCGGUUAAGUCUGAUCACAUCCGCUGCUGGCAGCGUAUCGUUCGAUCAGCAACAGCAGGAGCUCAACAAUGGCAGUGGUUCUUUGUCCGGCAGUUACCAUUCCCAGCAGAGCCCCCACUUUUCUCCCCAGAAUACCAUGUCCGGACCGCAAAGCCUGGGUGACCAUUAUCCCACCACACCAAAUACUUCAGAUUCAAGACCGCACACACCUGGAUCCACAUCCGGUAUGAUCAAAUCCAAGAGUUCAUCGAUGGAACGCUGCACAACGCCACUGUCCGGAGAUGAGAAAUUUGUGAUCAAGAAACUGGAACCAACGCGAACAAUGCCUCUAGAUAGGAACGGCGACAUUGUGUACAUUGCUACAACCAGUGUGGUCAAAUCCAUCAUGGCUCUUAGCCAGGGCGUGGAUAAAUCUCAAGCGGCUGACUAUCUGGACCUGGUACGAAACGUAGGGAUCGAGCUGCGUACAUUGCUCGGGGCCGUUGAUCAAAUCUCGGUGUCAUUCCCAGCGCAAUGCCAUAAGGAGGUUGAAAUGGCGCACAAAGUAUUAUCCAAAGAUAUGUUCGAGUUGGUGGCGGCUAUGCGAUUAGCGCAACAGUACAGCGAGACCACGCUCGAUGCUGAAUAUAGAAAAAGUAUGUUAUCAGCAGCACACGUGCUCGCCAUGGAUGCCAAAAAUCUGCUAGACGUCGUCGAUUCGAUUCGUGUGCGUUUCCCCAAUCUAGUGCUCCCCAAGCAACCAAGUCUACCGACCAGCCCUACCCAAAAGCAGCCGCCCCUGUCGGCCACCUCGCAUCCCUCGCCUUCCUCGGUUUCGGUAACACCAGCUGUAUCAUUAGGAAACACAAGCAACAGCGUUAGCAAUCCUCCGUCCAGCGGUACCACGUCGCUCUCCUAUCAGCAGCAGCAAACUUUCGACAUGCAACCUGCCGGUGGCGAGUGCUACCAGAAUCUACAGCCAAAGCAAAUUUUUCACUCACACAGUUCACCACCAAGCUCACUAACGCAUUCCUACGAGGUUAAUCAAACCCAACUAUACACCAACCAGCAGUGUGGAAUCUACGACAAUGAUUGCGUGAUAAACCAGCAGCAAUGGUCAAAUGACAGUAGACCGAAAAAGCCACUGAUUGCGAUGAAACCACCAGCUGCAGCGUUGGCUUCCCAUAAGUUAAAAUCCUCCAGCGCUUUUUCAACUAACAGCCAGCAAACUUCUACCGGUGAUGAACUGCUGAACGAACCGUUGAAAAUUGUGGAAGAUCCUGCCGAACUUUACUCGAAUACAACUACUGCCAGCACCACCGUAAUUAGCUCCAACUCUAGCAACAGCGUAUCGGUGAUGUCCUCUAGCAGCAGCUCCGGGGCAAUCAAACUGCCCGAGCCAGUGUCCUGCACUAUCGUUCAGGAGAAUCUGCUGGUGACCAACAAUCAAAAAGUUAUGGCCAACAAGCUGGUCUAGGCUGGUGGAAGCACUAGUACACACUACUAUCUCCUUAUCUAGUGAAAGACAUACGGUAUUGUACUAUUUUUAGGUGAAGAAAAGUAUCAUUAAAAAUUUUACUACUCUUCUAAGUAAUAACAUUCAGACGUAUGUGACUAGACCGCAAAACGGAGUUUGUAUUAUUAAUAUCGGCAUUAUUGUAGAUAAUCAAUGCAAAAAUACAAUAACGAAUUAUAAAUGAAAACGUGUUAAAACUAUUGCAACAUUCCGCGAGAAAUAUCCCACGGAGAUACGCUUCCAAUGAAUUUGCUACUCUACUGAAUGAAACCGCUUUCGAUGUUUGCUACCACAAUGCUAUUGAAUAUAUGGAAUUUCAGUUAUUAAAACAUUUGGAAAGAAAUAUACCUAUCUUCGAAUGGUAAAAAAGAAUAAUCAAAGUCAAAGAAACAACAUACCCUCUAAUAUAACAGGUGAUCCCUAUUCAGUAGAACAUUUUUGAACAGUAUAUUGAUAGCCAUUUACAAAACAGAAUUCGACUGAUGAAAGCUUCACUGCUUUCUUCGCUAAUUAUUUGCAGAAAUCGAAUUUUUGAGUAAGUAGUAUUUCUAAAAUCACUUUUUAGUUUUGCUAACAAAAUUUUAUGUACUAACUUUCGAAAAGUUUUACAAAGUAAAGAAACAACAAAUAACAGGAACGGUAAAAACUUAAUACCUGAUAUCUAAACAUUGUAAAUACUCUUCAACGUUUAAUAAAUCUCAGCUAAUUCAUCCCGAAGCAUUAUUCUAUUGCAUAAUACAUAAUAGCAACAGCUUUGAAUAAAAGCACACUAACUUAGAAGUGCUAUCCAUUGCUUACUGUAUUAUCCCUAAUUAUCAAUAUGCAUUUGUUACUACUACUACUAUUACUACUACCACUACUACUACUACUAUGUAUUUGAUUCUUAUAUAAACAGAACAGAGCAAGCAUGCAACAUCAUUUAGACUAAAUAAUACUACAACAGUGAAUUGUGAAGCAACCGCCAGUAGACAAAAUAGAACUUGUGCUAAUGCUAACGCUAAACAUUUCGUAAUCAGUAACUGCAAAUUUGAAAGUCACUAAUUUAUUCGAAAAGAAAAGGAAAAUGUACCUAAUAAAUAAAGGUUACAAGAGAUAACUUCAUUGCUUUA